CCGGGGCGGAAGAUGGCCGAGCGCAGCCGGCCCGCGGCAUGGAGGUAGCUGGCUCUCGGCGGAGCCGGCGUGCCGGGGGAGCUCCUGCCCGCUGCGCUGCUGCUGCUGCUGCUCGGCCGGCGGCGGGGCCGGCGGCUCCGUCUCGCUAAGCGCAGGACGGAUUUGUUCCGGCCUCACCUUUUGUACGCCUCGCGUUUGGCCCGCCCGUCUUUCCUAUGGCUGGGAUAUACAGCUCUACUCUGAAGACCCUGGAGGAUCUGACUCUGGACUCUGGUUAUGGGGCAGGGGAUUCCUGCAGGUCCCUCAGCCUCUCCUCGUCCAAGUCCAACUCCCAAGCCUUCACCUCUUCUCAGCACAGGGGCAACUGGUGGUACUACUCGGGCUCCAUGAACAGUCGGAAUAACAGCUGGGAUACGGUGAACACGGUGCUGCCGGAGGACCCCGAGGUGGCGGAUAUCUUUUCCAAGUGCCCGAGGCUGCCGGAUCUAGAGGAGUACCCUUGGACCGAUGAAGACAUCGGAAAAAUACUCCGAAAGGCGAAGGGGGACGGGAGCGGCCGGCCCUUCUCUCAGGAGGCCGUCAGGCGGAUCUCCCAGCUGCUGAGGCGCGCUCUCAUCCGCGUCUCCAGGGAGGCCCAGCGCCUCAGCGUCAUGCACUCCAAGUGCACCCGCUUCGAGGUGCAGAGUGCCGUCAAGCUCAUCCAGAGCUGGUCGCUGGCCGAGAGCUGCGUGCUGGCCACCGUCAAGGCGCUCUCCCUCUACAGCAUGAGCGCCGGGGACGGGCUGAGGAAGGGUAAAUCGGCGAGAUGCGGGCUCACCUUUUCGGUGGGGAGGUUCUUCAGGUGGAUGGUGGACACCAGGAUCUCGGUCAGGAUCCACGAAUACGCAGCCAUCUCUUUGACCGCUUGCAUGGAGAACCUGGUAGAAGAGAUCAAGGGCAGGGUUCUGGCGAGUCAGAGCCCUGACGGCGGUGCGGGGGAGAUCUCGGCGGAAAUCCUGGAGAUGGUUAUCAACAAUGAUGCUGAACUCUGGGGAGUGCUGCAGCCGUACGAGCACCUCAUCUGUGGGAAAAACGCUAAUGGUGUGCUGUCCCUGCCUGCUUACUUUAGCCCAUACAACGACGGCUCUGUGUGCAGCGAUGGACGGGCUGAUGCUUAUGCCCAGCUGGAACUCCGAACUUUAGAGCAGUCUCUGUUGGCAACUUGUGUUGGAAGCAUCUCUGAACUGAGUGACUUGGUAUCACGAGCAAUGCACCACAUGCAGUGCUUGAACACCAUUCGCCCAGGCAUGAGCCCCAUUCGGCAAACUCGGCAGCAGCAACCCAUCUCCUGGUCCCCUGAUGCUCUCCACACCCUCUAUUACUUCCUACGCUGUCCUCAGAUGGAGUCUAUGGAGAAUCCCAACCUCGAUCCUCCAAGAAUGACCCUGAACAAUGAACGGCCCUUCAUGCUUCUGCCGCCGCUGAUGGAGUGGAUGCGAGUGGCUAUCACCUAUGCCGAGCACCGGCGCAGUUUAACGGUGGACAGCGAUGACAUCAGGCAGACAGCCAGACUGCUCUUACCUGGACUGGACUGCGAGCCCAGGCAGCUCAAACCUGAAUGCUGCUUUAGUUCCUUCCGGAGACUGGAUGCUAAGGCUGCUACUGAAAAAUUCCAGCAGGAUCUGGGUUUCCGAAUGUUGAACUGCGGAAGGACAGAUCUGAUCAAUCAAGCAAUAGAUGCACUGGGAGCUGAUGGAGUUAACACCAUGGACGAUCAGGGUAUGACCCCACUGAUGUAUGCCUGUGCUGCUGGAGAUGAAGCAAUGGUCCAAAUGCUUAUAGAUGCCGGAGCUAAUUUAGAUAUACCAGUUCCCAGUACCUCUCCUCGCUACCCUUCGGUCCAUCCUGACAGCCGGCACUGGACCGCUCUCACCUUUGCUGUGUUACACGGACAUAUAUCUGUUGUUCAGCUACUCUUGGAUGCUGGUGCCCACGUUGAGGGCUCUGCUGUUAACAGUGGAGAAGACAACUACGCUGAGACCCCGCUUCAACUGGCUUCAGCAGCAGGGAACUACGAGUUGGUCAGCCUACUGCUAAGCAGGGGUGCCGACCCCCUCCUGAGUAUGCUGGAAGUUAAUGGCAUGUCAUCUUCGCUUCAUGAAGAUAUGAAUUGUUUCAGUCAUUCAGCUGCACAUGGACACAGGAACGUUCUGCGCAAGCUCCUGACCCAGCCCCAGCAACUGAAGGGAGAUGUCCUGUCACUCGAGGAGAUUUUGGCCGAGGGAGUGGAGAGCGACACCUCCAGCCAGGGCAGCUCCAAUGAGGGACAGGUCAAGCUAUGUAAAACACGAAUGAAGGCCCUGCAAGAGGCCAUGUACUACAGUGCUGAGCAUGGCUAUGUAGACAUCACCAUGGAGCUCAGAGGACUUGGAGUCCCAUGGAAGCUCCACGUGUGGAUUGAAUCACUACGGACAACCUUCUACCAGUCUCGCUACUCUGUUGUACAGACCCUCUUACGGGAAUUUGUCACUAUUAAGGAAGAAGACUACAAUGAGGAACUGGUUAACGAAGGGUUGCAGCUCAUGUUUGAGAUCCUCAAAACCAGCAAAAAUGAUUCUAUCAAUCAGCAGCUUGCAUCCAUCUUCACCCAUUGCUACGGCAGCAGUCCUAUACCCAGCAUUCCUGAAAUCCGGAAGACGCUGCCAGCUCGGCUUGAUCCUCACUUUCUAAAUAAUAAAGAAAUGUCUGAUGUGACUUUCUUAGUAGAAGGAAAGCUGUUUUAUGCACACAAAGUCCUGCUGGUUACUGCAUCUAACAGGUUUAAAACUCUAAUGACCAAUAAAACGGAACACGACAGCCAUGGAAGCAAGACUGUUGAAAUUAGUGAUAUGAAAUACAAUAUUUUCAAGAUGCUGAUGCAGUACUUAUACUAUGGAGGAACAGAAUCCAUGGAAAUUCCCACCACUGAUAUCUUAGAGCUGCUGUCGGCUGCCAGCCUGUUUCAACUGGAUGGCCUCCAGAGACACUGCGAAAUCCUCUGUGCCCAGACGAUCAGCAUGGAAAACUCUGUUAGCAUCUAUAAAUAUGCAAAGAUUCACAAUGCACCUGAACUAGCGUCUUUUUGUGAAGGCUUCUUCCUCAAACACAUGAGCUCUCUUCUAGAGCAGGACUCGUUCAGGCAGCUGAUCUACAGCAGGAACAGCAAAGUGCAAGGCUUGGACCCUCUGCGGGACUUGCAGACGGCCCUGGCUGGCCGCCUGCAUUCCAUGUACGUCACCUCGAGGGUGUGAAGCAGGAACGAGGCAGUGGCAGAAGCGCUGGUUCAAACUGCACGGGGACACGGCCUCAGGCGGAGCUGAGGCUUUCCUGUUUGCCUUCUGGAGUCAUCAGUUCUUGCUGGAAGUCCCCUCCAACAGACACCCUAUCAGCAAGGGGGGUGCCUCGUCCCACUGAAGGAGGGGAGCUGGCUUCUCUGUGCUACUACUGUCAGAGCUACACUGUGUGAACAGCGAUAACAAGAACUGGGGAUGCAAGCAAAGAACCCCAACUGCAGAGAUCAAUGCUGCCAUUCAGACGAAGUACAGUGUGAGGCUGUAGAGAAGUGAGGCCACUUACCUAGACCUAACACCUAAUAUGUAGUCUUAAGUGUCUGUCUACACACCAUAAUGGCCACCUAGUUCACAUGCGUAGAUGUUUUACUUGUAAAAAGGCUGCAUAGAAGGAGUUUUCUAAUCCUAUGGACCACUGCCCAUGCAACAAGUCAUCAGUCUGAACACAGAAGCUGAUGUACACAGACUCCUUCGCUACAGUAAUAAACACCAGUUUCCACACAUGGCAAGAGACUCCGGCAUAAGUUUUCCCCUGAACUGUUUGCACCUUGAGGGAGAGAUUGCGUAGAUGUAUGAGGCUGAGGAGGAACUACUAACUCUGGAAUUACUCACUCUUCAUACCUAAUAUGAAGAAUUGAGCUGGGGCAGGGAGGGGACACAAGACUUUUUUAAAAUAUGGUUUCACUGUGCUGAUUGUUUAAUCUGGAUUCAAUUUGAGGGGAAAAAGUACUGUCUACCCUUUCACUACAAAGGUUUGAUUGCCCGAUUCACUUUUACCUUAAAAACAUGUUUGUGAACAUGAUCUGUGAGACCUGACUUCAUAAGAGAUACUUUCUAAAAGACUCAGGUGUAGAAGCAGCUAUCGCUAAGCUGAAAAACUUCCGAUAGCAUAAAUAAGCAAUAAAAGUCUCCCUAAGACCAUGAGAAACAUACAGCUUGAUGCUUUGUUCUCUCUCUGGAGCUAAGUUGGGGGCACAAGCUCCAAAAUCAAGUCUCUGCCUCCACAUCCUCAUCCACGGAGUGAUGUUUCCACUACCUCAGGGGAGACUGCACACAGCACACCGCUGACUGUUGCCUUGAGGUAGGCUGCACGCUGACAUUUGGGCCGCAGCACUUACACAAGAUGCCUCAACUCAAAUGCUCAAGAUUCACAUUUUUCCUUGCUCACAGCAGAUGGAUGUUUCUGUUCAGAAAGGACUCACGCUAGACAUUCUCCUAGCUGACUUAAGUAGAAGGAAACAGUUCACGAUACAGUUUUGUGUCUGAGGCCACUUACUUAUUUUUCUCUUUUUAAAUAAGCCCAACCUUAAGAAGCUGGUUCGUUGUAUACAACCGCACACCUUGCUCUCACCGAUGUUUAGCUAUUCCCCAAUCUCUGUAAGCAUCCUCCAGAAGUAUAUGCUAAGAUGUGCUCACUGGCUACAGGUGGGUGAAGGAGAAAAGAAAGCAACAGUUUAGGUGGAAAACUACCACUCCUAAAAAAAAUCCAACAAUUAAUAUUGUAACUAAGCACACUGGUAGAGGUAGGUUCAGCUGGGCACAAGCUCCAGUGCAAGAUAUAGACGUGGUUUAAGUGGAUGAAGGGAAGGAGAAUGAACUACAGCAUCAUUCAACAAAUUCACCAAAACCUGACAUCCCUGCUUUCCUGAAGGAUUUGCAUCAAAGGCACACUGCAUGCAAGGAGAACUGUAAGCCUAGGAUCAGUUAUCUGACAGACACCUUGGCCAGAACACACACCAGUUGGUAUACACAUCCACUUCUGAAGAUCACCAGCUUCAGUAACCCUAUUUAUUAUCAGAAAGCCAUAAAGAUGCUACAGAAUUAUCACUGUUUUGCCUGGAAAACACCACAAAAGGCUCUAUCUUGGAAGAUACUUUCAAGUAGCUGCUCCAGCUAUCUGUACAAAAAUGUAGGUCCUCUUUUGUUGCUAUAAUAUUACAAUGCUUCGUUAAUUGUACAUUAAUGUUGUCAUGUAUGUAAAUGUACCGGGAUUUUAUUAACAACGUAAUUUUAAAAUACACAGCUGCUGUUAUUUAUUCUGCUUCUCUAUCAAUGAGAAAAACAUAUUUAAAAAAACAUUUUCUGUGGAAAAGGUAGUUGCAGUUUUACCAUCUCCUCACAUCAUUUUCGGUAUAUGUACCUAACUUUAUGCUUCUAAGCAAGGGAUAAAGAAGUAUUCAUUUCCCUGUCCCGCGUUCACGCAUUUUUUGGCAUAAUAAAUGAAAUUUAUGUUUUCCCUA